AGAGAACUGUGUUGUACAUAAACGACCAUCUCCAAAGUGAUGGUUGCCAGAACUCUUGGCUCUCACCGUUUUAGUCUUACUAAUACCACCCGUAAGGUGCACGUAAUUCUUCUUAGGAUAGGAUUCCUGGACUUUUUCCAUCCAUCGCCCUUCCACGACUCAUCUCAAUCCAGCCCCCACCAAAUCCUAUAAAUACAAAUACAAAUACAAAUACGAGUUACAAACACAGAUUAUAGAAUCCCAUACAUUUUUCCUUAACUAGCAAAUCUACUUUUGUCGUCGGAGACAACUCGAAAUGAGGUCGAUGGGAUUGAUUGGCAGCAUUGGCUACAUAUGGCUGGUGAUGGCCAUAUCAGCAGUAGCCCAACCUGAUUCCUCUCGCACUCCAGUGCUCGACAGCGCAGGACGUCCUCUUGAACGUGGUGUAGAAUACUACAUCAAUCCCGCAAUAACCGACCACGGCGGUCGUUUCACCUUGAUUGAUCGAAAUGGCUCCUGCCCAUUGUACGUUGGACAAGAAAAUGUUUCGGGAUUGGAAGGCCUUCCUGUCGUUUUCACACCUUUCUAUGAAGAAGAGAGUGUGAUUAGGGAGGCUAGCGACUUCAGAGUUGCAUUCUCAGCUACCACAAAGUGUGUGCAGUCGACUGCAUGGUUGGUGGGCGAGACAGACCCUGAUACUGGAAAGAUAUUGAUUGUCACCGGAGAAAGCCAAAGCGGACUCAGCGUCGGCAAUUACUUCCGGUUAUCGAAAGGUGGUGUCGGAUAUAAUGUUUACGAGAUUUCAUGGUGUCCUACGGAUGUUUGUCCCACUUGUAGGUGGACCGACUGUGGGACUGCUGGUGGCUUGGUUGAGAAUGGAAAGAGGUUGCUGGCCUUGGGUGCUAGUGUUCUUCCUGUCAUGUUUGAGAGAAUUUAUUAGUUUCGCUAAAAUAAAAAGUAUUUUUUUUAAUACAUUUGGAAAUGGAAGUUUUGAAUUCAAGACGUCUAUUUUAAAAAUUAGAGAUUUAUGCUAAUCAGGCUAUAUAUCUUUAGGAGAGAUGCUUUUUUUAUACAUUUGUUGUUUGUAUAACUGCUCU